UGGUUAAACGAAUAAUCAUUCUGUGAAUCUGUACAAAUAUGUAGUCAAAGAGGCAGCAAAAUAAAUGAUCUAUGGUAGCUUACACGAUUAAUGAAAUAUCCUCUGAUAGUUCCACAUGACGAUUUUUAUCCUCGAAAUUCCUGAAGGUUAAACAGCCGAAAGAAUGUAACGGCUGGCGAACGUGCACGCUUAGUGGGGCAGUCAGUAUACAAGACUAUAGUCUCGGGGUAUUAAUAGUCCGCGGAGCGUGGACCGAGUACCGUUAAGGCCGAAUACGAUACACGUCGGUAUCUUACUAACGGGGAAUACCUUGUAAGACCGAAACGCGUAGAGACGAAGGAUCAUCGACAAGCUAGUUCAAACAACUUGUUGUUUGUAUUUCGUUGAUCCUGGCUUCCAUUCGAAUAAAGCUUCCCUUCUGUUGUAGCCAACUUGUUGGAUCUAUGAAAUGUUGGCACGAACCGUCUGUUUGCUUUGAGUUAAGAUUUUAAUUAAGCUACAAUAACGAUUAAGUCGAAUGAAGUUUCGUAGUUUUGAGACACUGAUAAAUACGCGAUCCAGACGAAAAGAUGGUACUUUUAUGCAUUUUGUGCCACGCAAAUGAAUAUUCGGAUACGAAACAAUCGAAACCAAAUGACGUCGAUUCGACGACAGAAUCUAACGAACCUCCAGAAGGAUAUUACGCCUUCGUGAAGUCACCGAACGCAGAACCGCCUAAAGUGAGGCCGCCACCUUAUAUAGAUAGCGACAAAGAAUGCUAUGACACCGGUAAACAGGGAAAGGGUUACGUUUCCAUACACAAUAUUUGCGGGGAUCUUAACAAGGGUUAUAUCCCGCGAAAUCCUAUGAAUCAGUAUUUCAAUGGCUCGUCGUAUCCUUUCGCGCUGUUGAAAAAUCACACGUUGAAAUUUCUAAGCAAAGCGUUGCCUAUACUCAAGGCUGACGAUUCAUUGCCGAAGGUCGCCACGGUGCAAUCCUAUUUCCAGAAUUCUGUCGACACCGACGAGAAAGGAAGUAGAAGCAAGCGAUCGUCCGAUUCAGAAAGCGCCUUGGAUACUCUCAGAAACGGUCGUAAAUUCUGCGAAAAUGGCGGAGGAGUAGUUUGCAUGCUGUACAAGGCUAUACAAGGUGAACCAUUGGCUACCUCAGCAGCUGAACGCCGUGACGAGCCCUCCACCCCUGAGUACCGUCAACGAACACCGCCACAAGAGAAGCCAGAAUACACCGGUCCACCCACUCCUUGUCCAGCUAAAGUGGAGUACGCUACACCAGUGUUCGCCAAGAACUAUCAAGGAGUUUGGCGCUACGUGGUGCAAAUCCCUUACGAGGGUUACUUCACUCAGACGAUCGAAGUAACCCGAUGCAUGCAAUCAAGAUGUCAUUACUUGGAUGGUGGCUGUCUGUCGUCGCCAAGAUGGACUAGUUUGCUAGUAGCAGAGAUCUUCUAUCCUGACACGUUUUUGGAAGAAAAUCAAAAUUCUAGAAUCAACGGCCUGAGGGAUACUGCCGGUUCACCGCCGCCUGUUCACGAUUUCCAGAAUUAUCAACAAUAUUUACAGAAACGUGCCGGGGAGAAUGAAGCUCGCAACAGCGGAUCGUCCCAGCAUCAUUGCGACGGUGUCGACGAAAUGGGUUGUUUCCAGGUAAGAUUGUACUACGAUUGGUUCCUGGUGCCAGGAAGCUGCAAGUGUUGGCGUCCCGAUUACUUCAACCGCUAUGUUCGUCGUAGCGGGUCUAACGUCGAAUUGUGAUGGCAAUAUCGCGUGUCAAAUCACGUAAAUGAGCAAGAAGACGCGCUUGCGUGAUAUGACUGAUACGAUUAAAUCGAUAAGUUUGUCAGAUUCUGUGAAAUAGCCUGUUUUGAUCGAUCGAUGAUCAAACGACUAUUUGUUUGAUAACUGAAUAGGAAAAAUGUUAGAAUCGAACAUACAUUUUUUAGACAAUACCUACGUAGAAGAUCGUAUUUCAGCAAAUCAUCGAAUGAGGAGAAUUAAAGUGGAUCCACUGAGUGCGAUCGAUAAUCUAGCUUUAAUAUAAUACUUUGUUGUAUUAAAUUCGCAGCAUUGUGCACCUUAAAGACUGAAGAGAAGUACCAUUGUCGUGAACGCAGUAGAACGCGCUAAUGAAGUUGCAUCAACGCGCGUUGUUACUAAGUACAUAUUUCUUUUUUUAAAUAAUCCACGUUUCGCACUGUAUGAAAGUAUGAUUUGCAUUUUUCAUUUACCAAGAUACGUUGUUAAAUUAACGCAGUAGAAUAGCUAUAGAAUCCUUUCCUGUUCUCUUUUUUUACUUGUCACUGUCCUUCAUUAAUAUCUCAAUGGUAUUAAAAUGAAAUUCAUACAUGAAUAAUUAGAACCCUUAUUAAUAGUUAUAUAAACAUUAAAUUUUUUAUUUAAAAAAUACGUACAAUCGACAUUAGGAUAUCUUUGACAGAAACCCGGAACUAUAUUCAUUCGGUUAUCGAGAUAUUUUAUUUUACAAAUAAUGAAACUGUACAUUAUUAUAUCUCCGUUCUUUAUCUAUUCGAAAAUUAUAUGUUAUAUAUAGUUCCGAGGGCUGAGCAAAUUCCACGUUCGUUGUCAAAGACACGAGCCAACUUCUAAACUACCCACUGAAACCAGUCGUUCUACUUUUUAAAUGUUGACGUAGAAACGACUACAUUUAAGUCAACGUAAAAUCAUACGUUUCAUUCUAUAACUACUUAUUACGUAAUUUACAUAAUAUGUCCAUAUUUCAAUGUUGCAACAUUCUUUGAACACGGAUACGACGUUCACCUAUUUAAAUAAAUAAACAAUUCUAAUAUAUAUUGUUAAAAUUGCGUGAUAAGAGAUUCCUUUAAAAAUGUCGUAUCUCUAUUUUUCUCCUAACCUAUCUCAUCUGCCGAUAAAAAUCAGUGACAGGCAUUAUAAGAAAUACAGAUAAUUAAACAAGCGUUUCCUUCCUAAUUCUGCACGCUAAUAGAAGUUCCAUGCUCUAUUUUAGAUCGUUGAUAAUCGAAUUUACACGCGAACUCAUUCGAACUCUGCUGAUUAGGUAAUGCAAAAGCCGAAAGUACCUACUUUCUAAAUUUAUAAAAUGGUUCGUUUCUGUGUAGGUCAUGGCUCGACUUUACUGUAUGCUUCUCUUUUCCUCUUUUCCUUCAUUCCUCUCUUCAUACGUAUUUCACGCAACAACGCUUGACAAUUGAACACGUAAUUCCUGCAUUAUGCAUUUUAACCGCAACGAGUGCAGGAUACGACCAAAAACACAAGGAAGUUCGGACAACAUCGUUUACAAGUCCCUCUCGAGAUUCGUAGGCAACCGUGGCCAUUUACAAUACUACACACUACCGUGUGUAUAGUGUAUAAGUAUUGCCAGGUUGGAUCAAUACUCCGGUCGCUGAAAGACGAGGUGAGAGGUAGUGGAAACGACGAUACUCGGAGAGAGAGAGACUACCGCAUGGUGUCUGUUGAGCAUGGUUAUCGAGCGAUUCCACUUGUUAUGGGGCCGUUGAGUUAAAAACAUUGGGGAAAAUUCGUAUUGAGUUUACUUUGUCACUGUAUACAAACAAUAAUGAGCAACUAAUUUGUUUAAACAACUUGAUCGAAAAAGUGCUUUAAAAACCGAUUCAUUAAUCCGCCAAAUAAAUUUUCUCUCACUCUUUCAUUACAUUUCUGUGAUGGUAACAAAACCGGUCGAUCUAUUUGCUUCAUUAAAUACGUUAUAGAUUAAACUUAAGAAUUGGAAUCGGUAUAUCUUGAAAGAUUUAUCCGUUCGAUGAUCGAUCUAUAUUUUUGCUUAAUCGAUAUAUGAACUUAACCCUCGAAUACCAGUCGCUAUCGUAGCCAACCGGCGAAUGUUUAGUUGAGUCACGUUGUAUCGUACCCAACAAAACAUAUUUCCCCACUUAAACAAUAGCUUGUAAUGUAACUCCACGUUUAAUCCAGAUAGUUGCAUCACAAUGUUUUUCAUUUGACGGAGAUUACAUUUCUAAAUUAACUUUCCAUCGUAGUUGGUAAGGAUUCACGAGAAUUUGUAAUCAAGAGAAAUAAAGUCAAAGAAAUUAGAACUUGCCAUAAGGAUUUAAGAAAAAAAAGCUAUUUUACAUUGUAAAUAAUGUACUUAUCAUGUAUGAUGAUUACUUACAGAUAGAGAUUUAUAUUCAAUCUAAUCUAUAGUUUGAUUUAUAUAUUUGCUAUUUAUGAUGUAUAAUCUAUCGAUGUUAUUAUAUUUUAUCGAGGAGAUACAG